AUGGCGUUGCCUCGCUUUCUUCCAUGCACCCUGGGCCUGCUAGCUGUGCUAGCAACAAUUGCAGUGCUGGCCCUCCAUGUCGUCCUCGCGCAAGUCGUGACGGACUCGACCGCUGCCGUCAAGAUCACGGCGAUUGCAUCAUCUAUCUUGGAAGGACUGGUGUUGGUGACGCUUGGGUGGAUGUCAGUGUCAUGCUUGAAGUCGGUGAAGAUGAGCAGCUCGGUGCGAUCGACGGGGCUGUGGUUCGGUCUCGGCUUGACGCUGUGCACCAUUGCGGCGAUACUCUGCGUGGCAACUCUAGUAUGCCUCAGCAAAGCGCCGAGCGAGAUACUUCCCGAAACAAUAUUCGGAACGCAAGCCACCGCGUAUCUAGUUGGCUCGUCGGUUGCUCUCGGUCUCGCGCUCGCAGCACAGCUGGUGUUUCUCGUCGUUUAUUUCGUGCUGGGACGGGUCCAUGAUGCUGGUGCGCAACCGUUCCGUGGGGAGAAACCUGGCCAGAGGUCACCGCCAGCACACGUGAAAUCCAUCCGGUACUCCCAAACGAGCCCCUUGGGCCACUUGACCCGUGAGAGCAUGUCGCAGGAGUCGCGCAGCCCACCUGGCUCCAGCGGCGGCAGAUCUGCCUCCGAGACAAUGAGCUCCAUUCGCUCAUCCUUGUCCAACGUUGUUCGGCCAAUUUCCUCCAAGACACGGCUCCUGCCUGCGAGCCAACGGUCAUCGCGGAGCUUGCGGUCAAGUCGUCGGCCAACUUCGUUCGAAUCCACCGUGAAUCGCGACAGAUCGAGCACGGAUGACGGGUUUGACUCGUGGGACACAUCUGCUGUCGAUCCGCAGAACCGACAGACUGUGCUGGACACUUCCUCCCCGACGCCCGGGCGCUUCUUGGAGACGAUCCCAGCGAGCCCAACGACAAGCCGAAGCCCGAGUCCUGGAACACCGCUUGACCUGGAGCCGCCUAGAGCUCGGAGGCGUAGCAGGAGCUACAGCCCGUCCAUGCCGAGCCCGAGGACACAAGGCUCGGAAUUCACACAGCAGAUGAGUGCGAGUGAAUCGCACAUACAUCCGCUCUUCCGCUCGGAUUCCCCCACGCCACCGCCCAAUGCCACGCCUGGAACCAUGGUCACCGCAGCACCCAAUGCCGGCCAGGUGAUUACCCAUCGGCAUAGCACGCGCACAUUGCAUCGGAUGCGGAGCGGAAGCCUUCCCGCCGUAUCCAGCCCUCUCAGCAGGAAGGGCAGUCUUGAUGAUUUUGGGAGGAGGACGGCGGAACGCGAGACGCCAACCCCGGAACUCCGGGAAGAGGCCGAAGAAGAGGAGGAAGAGCAGAAGCAGGAGUCGGAGAGAAAGAUGACACCCCCGAUCCCGGAUUGGAUCCUCAGCGCAGGCUCUCGAACAAGCCUGAGCGGAUACCACAGCCGAAAGUUGAGGGUAGAGGGCGAGAAGGAACUGGAUCGGUUAUGA